AUGGGAAAAAGAAAAUUUAGCCAAGAAGACGAGGAAUCUGACGCCGAAAGUCACAUCAACGGCAUCGAGGAUGAGGAAGAAGAAGCGCCGGCUGGGCCACCUCCUAAAAAUACAGUUGCUCCAAGCGUUAUGAGGGCCUUCUGUGAGGUAAAGAUUUCAUAUUUUUGAUUGGUUUUCAGGUAAAAAUAAUGGAAUAUUAUUUUUUAAAGUUUUUAUUAGUGAUUUGUGGGUUUAUAUUUAUCUACGGCAUAAAGGCUUUUCUUCUAUAUUUUUAUUUUAUCUUGACCGCUUUAAAGAGUAAAACGACAUUUUAUUUUAGCUGAUUGAAGGACUGGAGGAGAACAAAACUGUAGAAAGCUCAACAAAGGCCAUUAGACUGCCUAAACUUGAAGCGAUAUACAAAAAUCCAAAAAUUGAAACGUUUUUGAGGAAGAACAAACUGUAAGUCUUUGUAUUAUUUGUUGAUUGAUGUUUAGACGAUGCUGAGAGCACUAAUAAGUUGUCUUGAACAUUUUUACGCUUUGUUUGUUCAAAAUUGUAUGUAUACGAUGCUUAUUUUGUUUAUUUUCAGUGAAUACCUUACCCUUUGCGACGCUUACUACCAGUACAUGGGCAAGGCCUUGGCCAAGGCGCGUGUCGAACUGAAUUUGGCCAAUACAGCGGUAAAGAACUAUUGUACGAUUGGAGAUGCUAUUAAAUUGCACCCAAAGUUCCCUGAGGCUCCCGCAAAUUUUAUCAAAAAGUACUUAACCAAGACCAACAAGCAGUUGAAGGAUCUGGAGAAGGGUGAAAUGGAGGAGUAUAAAAAACAGAAGGGAGGUGUAACUAGUGAAGAAAAGAAAGAAUUUGCGAUAUUCAACGACGAAUUAGAGAGGUUUUUGGAGGAAGAACGAGGUGAUAUGACCGAGGAUCAGAUUAAAAGUUUGAAGCGGUUUAUCAAGAACAAUGAGAAGAAGGUAAUUUAUUUUUUGUUGGAAGUUUUUUGUUUUUAGCUAGGAAAUAGAGUGAUAUUAACAUUUCUAUUAGUAUGGCGUGUCUUUUGCUUUUUAUACUGAAGUUUUGGAGCUUAUAUUGCUCAUGAUGCUAUAAAAAUCAGGUUUUUAUAAUAUAGUGCUUCAAUAACACCUCCAAAUGACCGAUUCCUCAAAAACUAAUUUAUAUUUUCAGUUCAAACCUCCACAAGAAAGAACGCCAAAGAAGAAGAAGGGUGCUAUAGCAAAAAAAUCAGCGUUUGACUUUUAUAAAAUGGCACAGAAGCAAAAGUACGUUGAUUUGGAUCCAGCGAAGCGAGAUAUGAAGCUUCGGAAGAAGUUUGACAAAUUGGAUGAGGACCAAAAGGAAAUCUACAUUAGUUUGGAGCAGAACCAAGAAGACUAA